AUGGGCCCCUGUACCGCCAUUCUCAUGCUUGCUGCCAGGCCCGUAAUCUGCCAUGGGCCCCCGUACCGACUCCUCAUGCUGCUGCCAGGCCCGUAAUCUGUCAUGGCCCCUGUACCGCCUCCUCAUGCUGCUGCCAGUUCCAGAGUGUGUCAUGGGUCCCUGUACGGCCUCCCAUUGCUGCUGUCUCCAUCGCCACACUCUGCCAUGUGCCACUUUCAGGUCUCCUCACACUGCUGGUGGGUUCCAUUUUUGUCAUAGGGUGCUGUAUGGCCUCCCAUUGCUGCUGCCUCCAACCACCACACUGUGGCUCCACACUCUGGUUUUGGCCCCGUGACUGCCCAAAUGAGUGAAGUGUGCGGUGAUUCUAAGAUCGACGGCACUCAUCUGCAUGUCAUACUGACUGAACAGUAUUAGUUCUCUUCCCCAGCAGACUCCAAGGGCAUUUAAAUUAAAGGUUACAGUGUGUUCUGCACUAAUAUUA